AUGUCAGAAAUUGCAGAUUAUGCUCUCUGUGAGAAGUUUGAGGCCAAUGUGUUUGCCAAGAGUCGUUGCCAGAACUGCUUUCGAGCAGUUGGCACUCAUCAGCAUGGUAACCAGGCACCAGAGGAACAAGUAGUAAACAUCUCUAGUUGUGGGAAUGGUACCAACAAAUCCCGCAAUGGUGACCAGUGGGACCCCUUGUGCAUCUUAGCGCCCCAGUGUGAACUCUAUGUUUGUGUGGGCUCUGAGGAAAGGGCUGAGAGGUGUCAAGAAAGCUUGGAAUACACCCAGCUCAGCAGCAGAGCUGAAUCUGAGGAGAAAUCAGAACAAAUCGCUACUUAUCCUGACAGUAGCUCUGGCACCAACAUUAAUGCAGACACCAAUGCCACACUCAGCAAGGACUGGGAGAUGACUAGGCUUCUUAAUAGCAUUCUGGGAUCCGACAAACAAAACACGAUGUACUAUGCAGGCAAGAAGCAAGAGGCACGAUCCGAAAAUGUGCAAGCGGAUAGACCUAGAAGGAGUGAGGCCACAACCUCCAGAUCUUGUGGGAAAACAGAGUCUCGGAGUUGUCAGAAAGCAGAACCCAAGGUCAUGAGUCAAGACCAUGGAGACAAAUGGAGAAAGCCUCAAGCAGAGAGUGGCUAUUUCUCUCUGGAGCGUCGGAAAUCUGAACCAAGCUGUAUGUCUUCAUCUCCUCGUGCUGGCCGCAGUCCUUUGCCCGUCCACGGUAAUACCUCCAGGGCUGAUGGGUACCCCGCUUCCUCCAUCAGCUCUGCAGAUUCCAACUUAAGUUGCCGCAUGAGUGGCAGAAGCGAGAGCCAACAUGGACUUAUGAGGCAGGAGUAUACAGUGCUGGCUGACCUGCCCAAGCCAAAGCGCCUCAGCCACCGGGAAGCCUUUGAAAAAGAGCGCAGCAGCUCCCGCACUCGUAGCCCUGGCCGGGCAGAGGUGGAGCGGAUCUUUGGACAUGAGCGCAGGAAGUCGGAGACUCUGGGAGCAUUCCAAGCUCUGGAGGAGGGACUCCUGGAUCGACUGGAUAGUAAGACUUUGAAACUGGCCAAGGAAGGGCGGCUAGGCAGGAGGAAAUCCAGCCCCACUUUGCACAGAGAAGUGAUGCCCGUGAAUAAGAGAGUCCCGUGGGAGCAGGAACAACCCAGCAGAAAGAGAGGAGAAUCCUUGCACACGGGGAGACCGGAACAACGUCCUGCGAGAAGCAGUGGAAGCCCAAUUGGAUCCUCACGAUCAGGGAGUCCAAUUCAGCGACUGGAGAAAGAAAACAGGAGCAAAGGGGGUUCUGUGCACUCCACAGUGCCACCUCAGCACGUGAGGGGAGAGAGGAGGAAGCAGGAGGAGCCAGUUCACCCACCGAGAGCUGGUAGAGAGAGGGCACCUCUUCAUACUGUGACUCAUGGGAAACAGGCAGAUAACAGUAGAAAGAGCUGUCUGGAGACACUACAUCAACACGCUAGUUCGGGAAAGGCCACAGAGAGCAAAUGGAAAAACUGCCUGGGUGCCUUACACACUUCUAGCCACACACAGAGCUUGGGCAAGGGUCAAGCAAGCCAACGGGGGCAACUGGAGAGGUACAAAGAGAGUGACCGCAGGGCCCGAGGCAAACCUUUGCUCCCCGUAGAUACAGCUGAGCAACCGAGGAAGGAUGUAAAGGAUAGUAGAGAAGCUGUGCGUGAUCUCAGCCCUGGGAGAGGAAUGGCAGCUCUGGGGAAAGAUGUAUCCACUCUUAGCCCUAGAAGACAGGCGGGGGGUAGCUGGGGAGUGCAAGGAGAGACCAGGCACACUCUCAGUCUAGGGAGUUCCAUGGGAACUAGCGUCAAAAGUCACAGGGAGGUUGGGCGUAGCGUAAGUCCACAGAGAUAUACAGGUGGAAGCCAAAGAGAGACUAGGCGCUCCCUCAGUCCAGAGAGAUCAAUGGAGACUAGCUUCAAAAGUCAUGGGGAGGUCAGGCGGUCUCCUAGUCCUGGGAGGCCAGUAGAGAGUAAUUGUUCAAGCCCAGUACAAUCAAGGUGCUGUGGUAUUCUUCAGCAGCACCCAGAGAACACCUGGAAAAGCCAAAAGGAGGUCCUUGCCAGGAAACCUAGGGUCAGUGCAGAUACUGACUGGUCCAGCAAAGGAGAGCAGUCAGACUCUUGGACUCCUAGAAAGGAGAAUGCCUGGGACAGUUGUAGAAAAUCUUUAUGCCCUGCAAGUCCACCUAUUGCUGAGGAGAUGAGGACUGACCAAGGAGAGCUUUCUCCCCCCGUGAAUCCAUUUUGGACGUCAGAAAAUAACCAGAAGAGCCUAGAAGGGCCCUUGUGCCAUGUGCAUCCAAUGAAACUCAUGGAAAAGGAGCAGAUAAGCAGCAGGGAACAUCUGCAUUUUGCAAAGCUCGGGCAGCAGCUGCUGGAGAUGAACGGGAAAACCCAAGCAAGUUCAGCAGGAUGGAUGGAGAACGAAUGGGUGAAUCAGGAAAGGUGUCAGAGUCCCAUGAGGCCAGAGAAGCAAGUGGAGCAUGACGGGAGCAAUGAGGAGAAGCUCUUGCACCAGCCCCAGCUGGAUGAAGGACCACUUCUGAAAACUGUUUGCUCCUCACAAGGCCACGACCCUUCUUUGGACACUAAUCAAAAACACCAGCCGGAUCUUCUCAAUUUCAAAAAGGGAUGGAUGUCCAUACUGAUUGAGCCAGGAGAGUGGAAGAAGCACUGGUUUGUGCUGACAGACUCAAGCCUGAAAUAUUACAGGGACUCCAAUGCUGAGGAGGCAGAUGAUCUGGAUGGAGAGAUUGACCUUCGCACCUGCACUGAUGUGACGGAAUAUGCAGUGCAGCGGAAUUACGGUUUCCAGAUACACACUAAAGAUGGUGUUUUCACAUUGUCUGCAAUGACCUCAGGAAUCCGGCGGAACUGGAUAGAAGCAUUGAGGAAGAGUGUGCGUCCUGCCAGUGUUCCAGAUGUCACCAAGCUAUCGGACUGCAAUAAAGAAAACUCCUUCCGCAGCUACGGAUCCCAGAAGAGCCCCUUCAGGCCAGAAGAGCAGCGGCCAAGCACAGGAUCUGAGGUUAUACCCAGGGGCACCAGCAGGAAAGCAGAUGGACAGCGCCAUACUUUUGACUAUGUUGAGCUGUCGCCCUUGCAACACGGCCCAUUAAAUCAGGGGUCCCCCCAGCGGACAAGAGGGAGCACAAGAGUCUCCGAAACCAAGCGCGAGGAGCUGGAGCGGGACCUGGCCCUCCGUUCGGAGGAAAGGCGGAAGUGGUUUGAGGCUCCAUCCAGUGGGGCUGUGCAGACAGAUGGACCAGCAGGGGGUGCCCCUCAUCAGGCGGGUGACCAGGAGCCUCCAGGCCCUCCCCUUUCAGAAGCUCAGAGGAGUCGACUGAGUGCAGAGAUUGAGAAGAAAUGGCAGGAGCUGGAGCGUCUGCCCCUCAAGGAGUCCAAGCGAAUCCCGCUGAUGGCUCUGCUGAACCAGAACAAAGGAAGCCACGAAGAUGCCAGCGAGGCACUGGAGAAAGAGGUCCAGGCCCUGAAAUCGCAGCUGGAGUCCUUGCGUGCCCAGAAUGAGGCCAAAUCUCACACAGUUGGACACAUGCCUCGAGGCUAUAUCUCUCAGGACGCCUGUGAGCGCAGUUUGGCAGAGAUGGAGGCUUCCCACCGACAGGUCAUGACUGAACUGCAACGGCACCACCAGCGGGAGAUGGAGCGGCUGCAUCAUGAGAAGGAGCGACUUCUGGCAGAGGAGGCGGCGGCCACAGCUUCAGCAAUUGAAGCGCUGAAGAAGGCACACAGAGAGGAGCUGAACAGAGAACUGGGUAGAACCCGCAGCUUCCAGAAAGGUGGCUUAGACUCAGAUGCUCUCCAGCGACAACAUCAGUCUGAUGUGGAGUCUCUAAAGCGGGAGCUGCAGGUGCUCUCAGAGCAGUAUUCCCAGAAGUGCCUGGAGAUUGGGGACCUCAUGACAAAGGCAGAAGAGCAGGAGCAAAUACUGCAGCACUGCCAACAGGAGGGCAAGGAGCUGCUGCGACACAACCAGGAGCUACAGAGGCGCUUGUCAGAGGAGAUUGGGCAAUUACGGACAUUCAUUGCAGCCCAGAACUCGCGUGAUGGUGCUUCACACAACAACGAGAGGAACUCUUGUGAGCUAGAGGUUCUGCUCCGAGUGAAGGAGAAUGAACUCCAGUACCUGAAAAAAGAGGUCCAGUGUCUUAAGGAUGAGCUUCAGAUGAUGCAAAAGGAUAAGAGGUUUGCCUCUGGAAAAUACCAGGACGUCUACGUGGAACUAAACUACAUCAAGCGGCGGUCAGAGAGAGAGAUUGAGCAGCUGAAGGAGCAUCUGCACCUGGCCAUGGCAGCCCUACAAGAGAAGGAGACGCUGCACAACAGCAUCGGUAAGUAG